AUGUCGUCCUCUAUGCAGGCUUAUCUAGCGUCUAAAUACAUGUCUGGUCCCAAGGCCGAUGCAAUUCUGGCACGCACUAGCGAUAAGCCGAAGAAAAAGAAACGAAAAACAGCGACUGAGGCCUCUUCCUCGGGGACUGGUUUCAUUCAUGAUGAUGACGGCGGGUGGGGGCGCGAAAAGAAAGACUCUGACGAUGAGGAUAUGAAAGAGGCUCAACUGGCAUCUGAUCGCUCUUUCAAGAAAACUACCAAAUCAAAUUGGGAGGUUGUGCAACCGGGAGACCAGAUACCGGAGGAGGCCACUCCAAAGGACGAGGAGCCGCAAGUAGUGGAAGAUGAUGACCAACCUGUGUUUCGGGCCGGUCUGAUGACGGCCGACCAGCUGAAGAAGUCUAUGCCCAAAAAGAAGAAGCCGACAAAAGAAGAGAUCGACGAAGCGGCUGCAGCUGCUGCACAAGAAACGGUGUAUCGUGAUGCGUCGGGUAGAAAGAUCGAUACCAAGGCCGAGAGGGCAGAGGCAGCGAGGAAAAAGCGGGAACGAGAGGAGCUAGAGGCGAAGAAGAUGGAAUGGGGAAAGGGUCUGGUACAACGUGAGGAGGAGGAAAAGAGGCGACUAGAGCUCGAAAAAGAGAAAACAAGAGGAAUGGCCAGAUACGCCGACGAUGUGGACUUGAAUGCCGAACAAAAGGCGCAAGAGAGAUGGAAUGACCCCGCAGCUGCUUUCCUCACGAACAAGAAAUCCAAAGGUCCAAAGAAACCCGAGUAUCAGGGCCCACCUCCACCCCCCAACCGUUUCGGUAUCAAACCUGGCUAUCGUUGGGAUGGUGUUGAUCGAGGAAACGGAUUCGAGAAGAAAUACUUCCAGAAACAGAACGAACGCAUGCGGCGUGGUGCCGAAGCAUACGAGUAUUCGAAGCAAGCCGCUUUCAACCCCUGCCACGUUCCUGGAGAAGGAUUUGCGCUCGUAGCAACCCAUCGACCCUGGAUAUACGGCAAAGGGUGGUCUUUCAAGUGGGGUGAAGGGAGUAUACCUCCCGCCGAAGACAAAUGGACGUUUGAGUUCCAGGUUCGCUAG